AUGGAAACAACAAUCGAAGACCCCCAACUACGGUUCCAAGCCAACACUGGCAGACGGCAUGGCCCUCAAGGGCCCUUCCUUCUCGAUGACGAUGAGAACGAAGUCCCCCAGUCUCUUCUCGUGGAGCUGAACAACGAGCGUGCAAUAAAUGACUUUGCUUGGCCACCUGAGGCGAAAGCACAUAUCGCAAGGGAUUUCGGGGCUCCGCGCGCUAAACAGCAGACUACACAAAAGGCAAAUCAGGCACACGGAAUAAUUGGCGACGAGAACUCAGUUCCCCCAGCUAGGGCGUAUCACCCGCCUUCCGUUGCCUCGGCGAUCAAUUUCAACUCAGCCCGGGAUAAGGCAGCAUGGAGAUGGGUGAACGUCUCCAACCUAGAUCACUUCAUACUAGAUGUUUACAACUACUAUGAGGGAAGUGGAUACUGGUGCAUCCUUGUGGACCGCGGCCUGCACCUCCUGGAGACCACCUUCGUUACCGUAUUUCUGACCUUUCUAACCCAAUGCGUUGACCAUUCCAAAAUAUCCGAUGGUACCACUUUGAAGCAUCUACUUGUGCCUCAUUGCACCGAAAGAAUGUCUGUUCCAUGGAGCUUAGGGCUCUGGAUAUAUGUUUUCUACUUCAUUUGGAAGAUGGUCCAAUUUUCCGUUGACCUUCGUCGUCUAUCACACCUCAGAGACUUCUACGUGCACCUUCUUGGUAUCCCUGAGCAAGACAUGCAGACUGUAUCCUGGCAGGACGUUGUGGCACGCGUAAUGGCCCUUCGUGACACACAUGCGGAAACAGCUGUGAACCUUGCGCCCGGGUCACGCCGCUACCUCGGUAGUCAGUCAAAGAAGCGUCUUGAUGCCCACGACAUUGCCAAUCGUUUGAUGAGGAAAGAGAAUUAUUUCAUUGCUCUUGUUAAUAAGGAUGUUCUAGACUUCUCCUUACCCGUACCCCUCUUCGGUCGCCGCACUUUCUUCUCACGUACCUUGGAAUGGUACCUCAAUUUCGUCAUCAUUGACUUCGUCUUCGACCAUGGGACACAAGUCAACCAGGAGUUCUUGAAAGCCCAACGAAGGGGAUUUUUAAGCGCGAAAUUGCGGCAGCGAUUUAUCUUUGCCGGAGUUCUUAAUCUUAUUUUCGCGCCCUUCGUAUUGACCUAUAUCUUAGUCCUCUAUUUUUUUAAUUCUUUCUUGGAAUUCAAGAGCGAUCCCUCAAAAAUCGGCACUCGCAAGUAUACGCCUUUAGCGGAGUGGAAGUUUCGUGAAUUCAAUGAACUCCCUCAUCUCUUCAACGAACGCGUAAAUAUGUCUUAUCCAUUCGCGACUCGUUAUCUCGAUCAAUUCCCAAAGCAAAUCACAGAGCGCCUUGCCAGAACCGUAGCGUUCAUAUCCGGUGCACUGGCCGCCGUCCUUACCCUCAUUUCAGUGAUCGACCCAGAAAUCUUUCGAGUCGAACUUACUCCCGAUAGAACUGGCCUUUUUACAUUGGAGUACUAG